AUGACUACUUCUGAAUUUUUUAUUGAUAAAGAUUAUGGAUCAAAUUAUUUUAUUGGAGGUAAAAUUACACAUCAAUGGAUUGUAGAAUGUUUAGAUAAAAAUGAUAAUAAAUUUCAAAAAUAUAGAGGCAACAAUAAAAUUAAAAUGAUUAAUGGUAUUGACAUUUCUGAUGGAAAAGGAUUUAUUUCUAAAGUUUUUAAAACAGAUAUUCAAUUUGAUGAUGAAAAAAAAGAACCAUAUAGUAUUGUUAUUAAAAUUCCUUGUGAAAAUGCUAUUAAAGAAAUUUUAUUAAAAGAAAAUAUAGAUGAUAAUUUAGAUGAAGAUUUUAGAAAUGAUUAUAUUGCUUUCAUUCAUAAUAGAGAAUGUUUUUUUUAUUCCAAUUUUGCUUCAAAAAUAAGAUUUUUAAAAUAUCCUAAAUGUUUUGGAAGUAAAGAAUUAAAAAUUGGUAGACAGACAGGAGCUUUAAUUUUGCAAUUCAUGGGAAGUAAUUCUAAAACUGUUUCUUUUUUUAGAUUUUUAAAUAUCUAUCAAACUAAAUCUAUAUUAAAUGAAAUUUUUAAACUACAAGAGUAUAGUCUUCUUGAUUCAAAUAAUUCUUGGAAAGGAAUUUUUAAACAACCUUUUUUUUCUAGUCAAUUUAAAAAAAUUGAAUAUUAUAUAAAAAUGGGAUUUUUAAAUAUAAAAAGUUAUACAUCAAAAGAGAUGUGGUUAGAUAUUGAGAAAGAUCUAGAUAUAUUAAUAUCAAAUUAUGUUACUAUUGCUAAAUAUGUUUAUUAUCAAUUACCAACUUUAAAAAAUAAUUUACCUGUUAUUACUCAUGGAGAUAUGUGGAUAAAUAAUUUUAUGUUUGAAAUUGAUUCAAAUGGUGAUUGUUCUAAUAUAUUAUCAGCAGUCAUUGAUUGGCAAACUAUUCAUGAAGGAAGUAUAGGUGGUGAUAUUUCACGUAUUCUUGCAACAUCUGUACCAACUGACGUUAGAAAAGAAAUUGAAAAAUAUUAUUUUCCUGAUUAUUACAAAAAAUUAAAAAAAUCAUUAAUUAACAAUGGAAAAGAAAUGGUAAUAAGUUAUGAAACAUUUAUUAAUAAUUAUAAAACUUGUUUUAUACAACAAAGUUUAAUGGCUUUUAUAACAUUUGGAUUUGGUCUUAAAAAGUAUAAUGUUCCAAAUGACUCUGAUUAUAUUUGGGAUGCUAGAAAAUAUUACCUUGGAUCAAAAGUGUUUCAUAAUAUAUAUGAUUCAAUCAAGUUUUGUAAUGAAUUACAUCCUGAAUGGCUUGAAUUUAAUGAAUAA